AUGAGUGACAAACCUGACGUGGAGAUACUAGACGAUAUGGAGGAUGAGGAAAGGUGCUCGAAUGAAGCGGCCGAGAGCAGUCCCUCUGUCGACAUCAAUGAGGACGUGUCCUCCGGACUAUGCGCCGGUCCUGACCGGCGGGGGAGUGACACAGUAAAUCAUACAUACUCUGGAAAUGAUUACCAUGCUUUCGCCUCCGAUGGAGAUUUUCCCGGGCGUGGUGGCGAACCUCACGAGCAGCACACAUCACGCACCAGCUCCUCCUCGGGUCGUCUAGCUGAUGGCAGUAAAUCCGCGGAUGCAAACGCUUCUGCAAAUCCCCCCGUUGAGGACCACACGGGGUUAUCUGCCGAAGGGGCCAAUCCCGGAACCGCGGCGUUGGUCAGCCGCGAGUCGUCCGCCAAAGAAGGACCUGAUGGCUCCUGUGCGACGGCAUGCCCGCCGCAGACAGAAGACGUAAAAACGCGCACUGCGGCGCAGGAGAGGGAGGAUGGGGCGGCGGGGAUCAGCCAUGGCAACGGCGGCGCAAGUACGCUGUGCGGUGAACAGCCCGAGUCAGGACCAGCAUCGUCUUCGCACUUGCUGGACGGCAACAGCAACACGAAGGACGGCGCACUGCCGGGAGGGGAGGACAAGCUUUGUCGGUCUCAGCAACGCUUGAGACUUUUUGGUUCCUCUGAGGGCGUCCUGCUGCCGGAGAAGGCCGACGAGGGUUUGCCGGGAAGCGAUCUCGUAUGCGGCGUAGAGGACUUCGAGCUGAACCGUCGGGCAUUUCUAACGGAAAAAAGGGACUUGCGCGUCGACGAUCACACAAGCGGGAGACCCGAUUCCCGUCGUGCGCUGUUUGAAACGCUCAAGAACGGUCCGCAAAUCCGUGAAGGCGUGGAACGCAUUCACGAGAUGCUGGAUACUCUGGACCAGAAAGUCGACAAGUUACUCGGCGACCACGAACGGGAUUUUCUCUUGGCGUACCGGACACACAUGUACACCAUUCAAAAGCAAAUGGACUACUUCAAACAGAAGGCCGAUGAGGAGCAAACAAAACUGUUGCGCGACGUCAAAAUCCGAACCCUUGAAAAGGAACUCAACUGGUUCAUGUCCGAGGCACUCCGCCUCGACGGCCUCUGUAGACAGUACCAGAAAGACCUCAACAAAUGGCGAGACAGAGCAGAGGCUCUCUCGGAAGACUGUGCUUUUCUUGAGAAGCAGGUCCGAUCCUGCAAGCGCCAAACUCGCGCACUCCAGGCGCGGGUCGACGAAUGUGAAAGCGAGGGCCAGGCUCCCACCGACGUUGGGAAUCCAGCAGGAAGGGAGCCUCCGAGCAGAGACGCAUCUGCUGAACACAGCUCGCCUCUGAGCUCACGCAACCGCCAGCAAGUCUUUUCGCUGUCCUCCCCUAGCGCUGUGCCGACCAGUCUUCCAGCGUUCGCCUCGAAGGGCGAUUCAGAGCAUCUGCCGUUUGUCACAGCCAGCGAAGCUUCUGCCUUCGGUAGAAGCUCCUGCUGCGACAGAGCGACGGAAUUUCUCCGGUCUCAAAACGCAAAACUGCGAACCAGUCUCCAAAAAGAGAAACGAAUCGUCAAGCAGCUGCGUCUCGAGCAGAGUAAUGCAGUGUCAGACAGAAACGAAGCAGAGGACUUCUUCCUCAAAUGCUGCGAGGAGGUCAAGAAGGAAAUUCAAGCGAGGAAAACGCGUACGAUCAGUUCCUCCAAGCCGAAGUCGACGAAAGGGCAAGCACACAACUCCGAAGAUCUUUGGCAACCGAAUGGCGAUCUUCCCCGUGAUUUGACUCUGCAAGACUUCCUCAAGAGCGACAAGCGCCGGCUUCUUGAGCUUAUUGUCUCCAAUGACGAUAUUCUGGCGCAGCUGCACACGGUCCUCUUCCCUUAUCAGACGGCGGGGCGGGCUGCAAUGCCGCCUGCUCUCGACGAAUCUCCUGCAGCGUAG